CUUAGGUCUAAACCCACGGUAGGCUUGGGGACAAGCGAGUGUUUCGUUUCGUCUCGUCGUCGUCUCCUUAUUUCUCCCUCCCUGACUAACCGACUGCAGAUUGAGCUGCCUCUAUUCGUCGCUUUUAGUAGGGUUUAUUCAGAGAACACUAUAAAAAUAGGGUUUAGGGUUUUUGUGCAAAUCCCAAAUCUGUAAACUUUGGUUGUCUCUGUGAUUCGGAAGAUGGGGAGAGCUAAAAAAGGCCCGAAAUUUGCAGUCAUGAAGAAGGUGGUCACCUCCAAAGCAAUUAAAAGCUACAAAGAGGCGGUUUUGAAUCCGAACAAGAAGGACCUCACGAAAGAAAAGCUACCCAGAAACGUGCCGAAUGUUUCUUCUGCGCUGUUCUUUAAACACAACACUGCUUUGGGACCGCCUUACCGGGUUUUGGUUGAUACCAACUUCAUCAAUUUCUCUAUCCAGAAUAAGUUGGAUUUGGAGAAAGGAAUGAUGGAUUGCCUGUACGCAAAGUGCACUCCUUGUAUCACGGACUGUGUAAUGGCAGAGCUUGAGAAGUUAGGUCAGAAAUAUCGUGUGGCUCUGAGGAUUGCCAAGGAUCCUCGUUUUGAGAGACUACUCUGCACUCAUAAAGGAACCUAUGCUGAUGACUGUAUUGUUGAAAGAGUUACCCAGCACAAAUGCUACAUUGUUGCUACAUGCGAUCGAGAUUUAAAGCGAAGGAUCCGAAAGGUCCCUGGUGUGCCAAUCAUGUACAUCACUCAACACAAGUAUUCAAUUGAGCGGUUGCCAGAAGCAACCAUAGGUGGAGCUCCAAGAUUUUGAUGAUUGGCGUGUGACCUCUACAAAGCAAAGACUAGUUCUACUCCGAUUCUGAAGAAUGCAGUUCAUCAAGGCUGAAUUGUGCACUUUUGGGUUAGGUGAAUUUCUUCAUAGGAACUUGUAAACGUUUCUAACGUUUCUUUAUUACAGUUAUAAGAGAAGAAAUCGAAGUGCACUUGUAGCAGUGUUUAGUGUUAUGAUUUUACGUGUGAAACUCUGAACUGUAGUAAUUAUAUCCGUUUUUCGAUUGUCUAA